AAAACAAUGUUGAUUGUCAAUUGUUUGUACGUACUGCCGCAUGUUGUUUAUGUUUAAUACUAUUUGAAAGAAGAUGCGACUAACAUUGCAACUUCUGCGGAAGAAACUUCCAAGAGGACACAUAUGGAAAGGAAAAUAUCGACUUGUAUGGAUUCCAGAUGACAAAGCAAAGAAGGAUCUUGUUAGUGACUACCGCCGUGAGGAGCAGAACAUGUUUUACCUACGGCAUCCGUUCCUCACAUUAGAGCAGUCAAGUGGGCAUGCAAAGGAACUGAAGAAACAUGAACAGUGGUUGGCUGAGAAAAUUAAAGAAAAGCCAAGGAGGUUUCCGGAAAAUGUUACUUUAGAGAAAAGACUUUGCCAUCUAAGAUUUCAAGAAAGUUGGGAGUGAUAAGUGAUGUCACACACUUUGUGAGAUGGAAUAAAACAAAUGAGUAGUCUGUGUAUUUGUGUUAUUGUACUGUCAAGUAAUAUAUUCUGUAUGUUAUAAUAAAUGAACUGUUUGAAAUUA